CUGUCAGCGUUCGACAGUCGGUAAGAUUUAUCAGUCAGCUGAAGGCUGACACAACAACAAUGUAGAGAGACGGCUUUCUGACAGACUGUUGCUGUUUCACUCAUUCAUAGACUGGCAGAAACAAAUAAAGCAGUUGUGUUUAAAACAGGAACGGGGGAAGGCUCGUUGUCCCGGGACCUCGUUUAAAGAGUGGUGACGGGGGUUGGAGCGGCUCGUCUGUCCCGUGGAGCCCCCCGGUGCUGGCGCUGAGGUCUAGACCUGUGCUUGCUAAAGCAUCGCACGGUGCGAACCGGCCGGACCGUGAGAGCAGGCGGGAGAGGAGGCGCUGCGCGGCGGUCAGGAGAUGUGUGAGCGGGGAUGCCUCUCCACAGGACCAGCUGGGUAGUCGAGGGUCUACUACACGACUAUAAACGCUAUACCUCCUUCCCUGGACUCACCUCCCCACCUUUUAACCGAACUACAAGUGACACAUAUAUGGAUGGUGGCUACGCACUAUGCCCACCUCCUCGGCAACCCCUGCACCGCUGGCCGGAGGGAGGACUGGUAACGACCCCAGAGUAGCCGCGCAGCCCAUGUCUGCUGCUCCGGCGUCUGCCUCGUCCUCUCCUCCGUCCAUCAGCUCCUCGUUCCGGUUCGUCCCGGCUUUCGCUCUCGGCGUAGCGGCAGCGGUGGCCUUUCAGCUCGCCUGGGGAGGCCUGUCGCUGACUGCCUUCUUCUUAAAGCUCUUCCUCUACGUGUCUUUCGCCCUGCUGUGCUUCUUGGCGGGCAGCUUCGUCCUCUUGGUGAGGAAGAGUCCCCCGAAGGUCAGCAGCUUUCGGAGCAGGAGGCAGUCAGCCGCACUGGUGGAUUUCUUCAACAAGCUCAUGGCUCGUUUUUCGGUGCAAGAGUCGAUGCAGAACCGGAGGGUGGUGAUCUCACACAACGUGGACAAGGCCCUGAAAGAAGUGUUUGACUACUCGUACCGGGACUACAUCCUGUCCUGGUAUGCGCCGCUGAGCCGGGACGAGGGGCAGCUGCACUCCAUGCUGUCCGAGGACUGGUGGCAGGUGAUUGGCCUGUUGAGGGCCAGGCUCGCCGACAUAGACCUCGUCAAUGUGGUGUGCUACGACAGCAUCAGGGUGCUCCACACACACUUCACUGACCUCAAGGCCGCUUCUGCAAGACCCGAGGAGUGUGCCAAGCCCUUCCCACUGCACCCCUGCCUGGUCAGCCCAGAGUCUGAGCUGGCCUUCCUGCGCUGUGUGGCCCGGAUCCUGCUGCUGUGUCUGCUGCCUCAUCGAGACGCAAAGUCCAACACGCUGCGCUGCUGCCUCACAGAGGUCAUCACUACCAAAGUGCUGAGACCUCUGGUGGAGGUCCUCAGCGACCCGGACACUAUCAACCGGAUGCUGCUGUCCCAGCUGGAGCAGCGGGAGCAGCAGUCGGAGCAGCAGAAGAAGGCGUACACCUACGCAGCCUCCUACGAAGACUUCAUCAAGCUCAUCUCCACCUCCGCCGACAUCAACUUCCUCACACAACUCAGGACCCAGAUCAUGAUGGAGAUCAUCCAUGCCACCACCAUCAGCAGUCUGCCUCAGCUCAAGAAGCAGAAGGACCGGAAAGGCAGAGAGUCUGCGGCCAUGAAGGCCGACCUGCUCCGGGCCCGCGACAUGAAACGCUACAUCAACCAGCUCGCCAUCGCCAAGAAGCAGUGCGAGAAGAGGAUCCGGCUGCUCGGGGGGCCCAACUACGAGCAGUCCGAGGAGGGGGGGGGAGCGGACGAGGCCGACGGCCCGCAGAGCCAGAAGAUCCUCCAGUUCGACGACAUCAUGGUGAACCCGGGCUACAGGGAGCACUUUCGGGUCUACAUGGAGCAGGUGGAUAAGAGGGCUCUGAUCAGCUUCUGGGAACUGGUGGAGAGCCUGAAGACUGCUAACAAGAACGAGGUGCCCCAGAUCGUUGGGGAGAUCUACCAGAAGUUCUUUGUGGAGAGCAAGGAGAUCCCGGUGGAGAAGGUCCUGCUGAAGGAGGUCCAGCAGAGUCUGGUGGGGAACCGAGGAACGCAGGUCUUCAUCAGACUGCAGGAACAGGUCGCCGAGACGAUGAGGGAGCGCUACUAUCCAUCCUUCCUGGUCUCUGACAUCUACGAUAGGCUGAUCAGGAGGGAGGAACACCGCAGCCAAUCAGAGAGCAGUACCGAGGACAAGGAGGAGGGGUGCCCAGGUCUCGAUGCAGGCGAGGACGUGUGUGACGAAGGGAGCAAAGGGAUCAACGAGCAGGCGAGCUACGCCGCCACCAAGCUGCGGCUGCUCUACGACAAACUGGAGUACAAGCGCCAGGCACUGGGCUCCAUCCAGAACGCCCCCAAGCCCGACAAAAGGAUCGUGAGCAAGCUGAAGGAGGAGAUCGCAGCCAUGGAGAAGGAGCACAGCGAGCUUCAGCAGCACAUCGGCCGGACAGACUGGUGGUGUGAGAACCUGGGCCACUGGAGGGCGACCAUCACCGCCGCGGAGGCCACAGAGGAGAGCGGCGAGAUGACGGCCUCCUACAGCAUAUGUGUGAGCCUGGCAGAGGGAGAGGAGUCGGCCAACAGCCGCUGGUGCGUCCAGAGGAAACUCAUCGAGUUCCAGAUUCUGCACCGCAAGCUCACGGAGUGUUUCCCAUCACUGAAGAAACAGCAGUUGCCGUCGUUGAGUAAACUGCCCUUCAAAUCCAUCGACCAGAAGUUCCUCGAAAAGAGCAAAACGCAGCUCAACGCCUUUCUACAGCGUCUACUGACAGAUGAGCGGUUGUGUCAGUCAGAGGCUCUUUAUGCAUUCCUAAGCCCCUCCCCAGAGCACCUCAAGGUGAUGUCAAUCACCAAGAAGUCGUCUUUCUCUCUCGCAUCUUUCCUGGAGAAACUGCCUGGAGACUUCUUCUCACAUACAGAGGAGGAGGCGGACGACGACAGCGACCACUCGGACUACGGCGACGAGCCGGACGGGCGGAAGGACGCCCUGGCCGAGCCCUGCUUCAUGCUCAUAGGAGAGAUCUUCGAGCUGCGAGGCAUGUUCAAGUGGGUGAGGAAGACUCUUAUUGCACUAGUCCAGGUGACGUUUGGCCGCACCAUCAACAAACAGAUCCGGGACACUGUGAACUGGAUCUUUUGUGAGCAGAUGCUGGUCUGUUACAUUAACAUCUUCCGGGAUGCGUUCUGGCCCAAUGGGAAGCUGGCGCCGCACAUCAAGGCCCGCACGGCCUCGGAACGCCGGGACACCAAGGAGAGGGCCCAGCAGAAGCUCCUGGACAACAUCCCUGAAGCCCUGGCGAUUCUGGUGGGGCAGCAGAACGCUCGCUUUGGGAUCAUCAAGAUCUUCAACGCACUUCAGGAGACGAACGCCAACAAACACCUGCUCUAUGUGCUGAUGGAGAUGUUGCUGAAGGAACUGUGUCCCGAGCUCAACACGGCGAUGGAACAGAUCUGAACUCCGACACCACAGAGACACCACACACACAGACAGACACACACACACACAGGCACACACAUGCGGCCAAUGUUAUCAGGCCAGACGUUGACUUCUGCUGGCUCGUCUUUAAGACCCCCCCCGCUGGUCGAACCAAUCAUAAACUGCCAAGCCGAAGCGGGGGAUCAACCAUUGGUAGAGGCUGACGUCCUGUCGUUGUAAAAGAGAGCUGUUCUGUUUUUGUAUGGUUUUUGUUUUGCAGCGAGGCAUUUCAAAAGCCUAGAUCCACACUAGAAUACAACAUCAUACGACAUCAAACUCACUGUAGCACAAAUCUGAUCAGAUGGCUGUCCAUGAAAUAGAUGUCACUCCUUCCUUGGUUAGCAAGUCAUCUGCUCAGAUGUAGAUCAAAUCUAGAGGUGAAAAGCUCUAUGCUUUUGCACAAUAUCAGAUCUAUUGUUUUGUAUGAUCAUUGGACUCACACCAGGACUCAUGCCUGCCGCUUCUUCCACAUUCAAACUGCGGCAAUCGUUUUCUUCCCAUGCAUAGAAGGAGUUUAAAUCCAUCCCCCACCCGUGCAGACAAGGUCUGUCCAUCAAACGUCUGGACUCAACUCUGAGCCAACAGUGGGUUGGUUUGCUCCUAAAGGAACUCUAGGCUGUAGUAUUCACUCUCACACAAGCGCGACCACAUUCGUAGACAGGGAAACUUGUUUUGUGCGGGUUGUAAUCUGGCCAAGAUCCUUUAUAGACCGUGUAAUGUUUCGAGAUGUAGCCAAAAGACGGAGCAGAAGAAGUUCAGGUUUAUUUUCCCAAAAUGCAGUGCGUGUGGGCUGUCUUUGCACAGAACAUCCCCACAUGACCAGAGCAGCGACACUUAUGUUAUGUUAUCAUUGUAAAAAAAAAAGGCUUAUCAUUGUGCAAUAUGUCAUGUUAAAGUCAUUGUGAUGAUUUUAUUUGUGAUUUGUUAUUAUUGAUAGAUUUUAUUUUUACCAAAAACUGUUUAGAGCCUUUAUAUAAGCAAUAAAUUGCAAAAUGGAAA